UGCUGCGGUGAGGUUGGGGGAUGUUGAGCUAGCUCAAGGACGUAGCUCGUGCCAGCUGCUGCGCUUGGAGCUCUGAUAAACCGGCAAAGAGGAGUGUUUUGAGCUAAAAGUAGCCAAAGAUGGAUGCCGUGACCGAGGUUGCCGACGCCAUGGGUGCAUUGGUCGUUGACAAUGAGGGUGGCGGCAAGUUUCUGCCCAAAGAUAGUGUAGAGGAGCCCCGAGAAGAACACGACGCCCUGGCCGAUGUGGCGCAUUCGGGCGAGAGCGAGGUGAUCAAUCCGUCUGAGGAGGUGGGCGGCGAAGCCACAUCAGAAUCAGAGGUCAUACAGCCUCAGGUAUCCAAGGGAAGCCAAAGCCGUUCUCCUAAGGUGACCAAAUCACCGCGCCCGAGCCCACGGAGCGGCGAUAAGAGUCAGGCUAGGAAAAGCGCUCCUAGCUCUCCUUACACCAAGGCACCCAUUGCACGUGUGUCUGAUCCAGACUUAGUCGAUAGCUCCUCAAACAACGGCGAUGCCGAUGUUAAGAAAAAGGCAGAAACGAGCAGUUUUCGCCCAGUUGCCAAGGAGACUUCACCGCUCGAGGACUCCAAGGAGAAGAAGAAAGCUCAGAAAGCAUCUAGCCAACAUGUGGUAAAGAAGGAAGAAGAAUCUAAUUCUGAAAGAAUAAAGCCUCAGAGGGUUGGGAGCACCCCUUCAUAUGGGUUUGCGUUCAAAUGCAAUGAGAGAGCUGAAAAAAGAAGGGAGUUCUACUCAAAGCUUGAGGAAAAGAUCCAUGCACAGGAAUUGGAGAAAAACAACUUGCAGGCGAAAUCAAAGGAAACAGAAGAAGCUGAACUCAGACAGUUAAGGAAGAGUUUGAAGUUCAAGGCAGCACCGAUGCCCAGCUUUUAUAAGGACCCGCCACCUCCCAAGGUUGAGUUGAAGAAGGUCCCUACCACCAGAGCUAGAUCACCAAAGCUUGGUCGCUCGAAGAAUACAACCUCAGGAGCCAUGGAAGCAAGUACCAAUCCUUCAAGCCGUCCAGCUCGCCUGAGUCUCGACCAAAGGGCCUCCCAAAACAGCGCCAAGACAGCGCCUGCUGCAAAUGCCGUGAAGAAGCCCCAACGGAAAUCCCUCCCCAAACUGCCAUCAGAGCAAACAGGUUCUGUGGACAUCGCAGCGUCUAUAUCUUCUGCAGAACAGCUAGAAAUUAGCAAGUCAACAGCAGAUCCCAUUCGGGUGCCGAUCCGUGCUCAAGUUACUCCGGAUGAACAAGCACUCAACGAAUAGAAAACAGUCGAGUCGAGUCUUGUGGAAAGCGAGGGUCAUGCCUCAGCCUCCUACAUCUACAUUUUUGCUGUUCCGGUAGUAAAUUUCUGGCUGGUAUCAUGCACUUAAAUUAGUGUGUUCACCAUGAGUUUGAAGCCAAUGUACUGUUUUAUCUCCUCAAUUCAUUGUUCAAAGAAUACAAUGGAAUGGAUACCUCCUGCUAUUGUUGUAGUUAGUAA